AUGAUCAAUAGACCGUCCUAUCGCUUCGUUGGGCCCUCGAUCGUGGUCGUUGCCGCUUCCUACCUGCUGUAUACCUCUAUCGGACACCAUAAUUGUCACUCUGGCCGGUUUUGCGGCGCCAUCACGCAGGCGACUUUCAUCACUCCGUCCGGGGUGGAAGUGCCCUUGAAUUCUAUAAACAAGGACCGGCUAGACGACUGGGCGUCGACCGCACUUGACCCUAAGGCCACUGACCCGCAGACCGCUUGCAAAGGCUACAAGAUUUCGAACAUCAAAACCUCGAGAUAUGGCUUGACGGCAGACCUGGAUCUAGGAGGACGCGAAUGCAAUGUGUACGGCAACGAUGUGUGGGAGCUAACCCUGCUCGUCGAACACCAAGCAAAAGAUCGACUGCAUGUCGAGAUAUUGCCUCGCUUCCUCAGCCCUCGUAAUGAGUCCUGGUACAUUCUCCCGGAAGUUUUGAUCCCGAAGCCCAAGGUCGAAGAUGACUUCGAAGGCAAGGAGAGAGACCUGCAGUUCAUCCUCGAAGAGGGUGAUGCCUUUGCGUUUACGGUACAGAGGACGUCCACUGGAGAAACGCUGUUUACAACGGUCGGGUCCAAUAUAGUAUUUGAAGACCAGUUCUUCGAGAUUACGUCCCGCAUGCCAGAGGAUUACAAUCUGUAUGGCCUUGGAGAGGUUAUGCACAGCUUCAGGCUCGGAAAUAACCUCACAACUGAUGCGGGCGACCCGAUUGACGAAAACAUCUAUGGUUCCCACCCGGUAUAUCUGGAUACGAGAUACUACAAAGUGGACCCAGAGACCGGUAAACAGAUGUAUACGCGGGAUGCGAAAGAUACCAAUGAGAAAUACGCUUCGUACACUCACGGAGUUUUCCUAAGGAAUGCGCACCCUCUUGAGGUACUUCUCCGGGACGAGAAGCUCGUCUGGCGCGGCCUAGGCGGGACUCUCGAUUUCUACUUCUACUCUGGCCCGACGGCCAAAGACGUCAUACGGCAGUAUCAGACGAGCACUAUCGGGUUACCGGCUAUGCAGCAGUACUGGUCACUAGGGUUCCACCAAUGCCGCUGGGGUUACUCGGGAUGGCAGGAGCUCCAAAAGUGCUACGAAGAGGGUGCCCAAUUUCUGGACCGUAUUCACGAAAACGGGCAACACUUUGUUCCCAUUGUCGACUCGGCAAUCUACGCUCCAGAUCCCGGAAACCCAGAUGACAACUACGACACCUUUGACCGGGGCCUGGAGGCUGAUGCAUUCAUGAUGAAUCCUGACGGAUCUCUGUAUAUUGGCCAGGUCUGGCCCGGCUAUACCGUUUUCCCUGAUUGGAUUGGCGCGGUCCUGAACGACAGCAAAACGUUUGAAUGGUGGACGGACGAGCUUAGCCGAUGGUACCAGCAUGUGAAGUUUGACGGCAUCUGGAUUGAUAUGUCCGAGGUAUCCUCCUUUUGCGAGGGCAGCUGCGGAUCAGAUCGCCUAGGCGGGCCCGAUUCACCACCCCACUUCCUCACCGGUACUCCGGAGCGGGCGCUCCAAAUGGCCGAAGAGGAACGCAUGAGGCACCGCGUUACUGGCCCGCACCAUCGCAACGUCAACCGACCGCCUUACAUGAUUAACAAUGUCCACGGCCAUAUUUCCAUCAAAGCGGUCGCGCCGGAGGCGGUGCACCACGGCGGCGUUCUCGAGUACGACGUCCAUAAUCUCUUUGGCCACCAGAUCCUCAACGCUACAUACACCGCCCUGAGGACCAUCCAGCCGGACAAACGACCCUUCAUCAUCGGGCGGUCCACGUUUGCAGGCUCGGGCAAGUGGACCGGUCACUGGGGCGCUUUCGUUUUCCAUCUUUGGGUUCCCCAUGUUUGGCAUCGACGCUUGCGGCUUCAGCUUGAGAGCGACGCCGAGCAGUGCGCCCGCUGGAUGGAGCUGGCGGCCUUCUUCCCCUUUUACCGGAACCACAAUGAAGUAGAGAAGCCGUCCCAGGAGCCGUACAUCUGGGACGUGGUGGCCGAGGCAUCCCGCCGAGCCAUCAAGGUCCGGUACGCGCUCCUUCCUUACUUUUACACGCUCAUGCAGCGGGCACACGAGCGCGGAGACACGGUGCUCCGGGCGUUGGCGUGGGAGUUCCCCGAGGAGCCGUGGCUCGCCGACGCCGACAGACAGUUCCUGGUCGGCCCCGCCAUCCUCGUCACGCCCGUGCUGGUCAAGGGCGCCACGACGGUCGACGGCGUCUUCCCCGGCUCCGGCAGCGGCACGGUCUGGUACGAUUGGUACACGCUGAACAAGGUGCAGGCUUCGCGCGGCGAAAACGUCACGCUCUCGGCGCCCGUCGAGCACAUUCCCGUGCACGUUCGCGGCGGGCACGUCGUCGCGCUCCAGGAACCAGGCAUGACCACACGGGAAAGCCGGCAGGGUGCGUGGGAGCUCAUCGUCGCCCUCGACGGGGCUGGCUCAGCGCAAGGCGAGCUGUACAUUGACGAUGGCGAGAGCAUCAUACAGAGUGAGACUUUGACGGUUGAUUUUUCGGUAAAACAAUCAUCUCUGACAGCCAAGCCCCACGGCUCGUACAGAGACACGAACCGCCUCAAGCAAGUCACCGUCCUCGGCGUCACCCCCAUCUCCAGCGUAUCCCUCAACGGGCGCGCCCUGACGAGCGGAUGGGAGUUUGUCCAAGACGUUGGCGCCCUCAAGGUCGACCUCUCGGCGUACACGGCCGGCGGCGCGUGGAGCGCCGAGUGGGUCUUGUCGUGGACCUGA